UUACAUACACAUAAAGCAGCGGAAUAGCAGCACCAUGUCUGUUGGAGUAAACUCUAGUCAUUUUCUUCCACGCCACCAACCCAUUUCUCCAACUUUUGUCUCCUCUUCUUCUUCAUCCAUUAUUGUUUACAAUAAGAUCCCAGACAGAGUCGGUCAGCGUCUUCAGCUUCUCUCACUAUUCCGAUCUGGUCAGUUCUUAGAUAUGGAUCCCAGUGCUGGCCCAAGCUUGUUCCCUUUGCACCGCUGCAAAACUAUUCACUUGGUGAGGCAUGCUCAGGGGAUCCACAAUGUAGAUGGGGAUAAGAACUAUAAAGCAUACAUGUCACCAGAAUAUUUUGAUGCACAAAUUACUCCUCUCGGUUGGAAACAGGUGGAUAAUUUGCGCAAACAUGUCCAUGAAAGUGGCCUUACUAAGAGGAUUGAUUUAGUGAUUGCAUCCCCUUUGCUAAGGACAUUGCAAACAGCUGUUGGGGUUUUUGGUGGUGAAGGUUAUACAGAUAGGAUGGAUGUUGUGCCACUUAUGGUGGAAAAUGCAGGAAAUAGUGGGCGUGCUGCAAUUUCAAGUCUAAACUGCCCGCCAAUCAUUGCAGUAGAACUUUGUCGAGAACAUUUGGGAGUCCACCCUUGCGAUAAGAGAAGAAAUAUCAGUGACUAUCAGUUUCUUUUUCCUGCAGUUGAUUUCUCACUGAUAGAAAGUGAUGAUGACACGUGGUGGAAGGCUGACAUUAGGGAGACAAAAGAGGAGCUCGCAGCCAGGGGGUUGAAGUUCCUGAACUGGUUGUGGACACGGAAAGAGAAGGAGAUGGCUAUUAUUACCCAUAGUGGGUUCUUGUUUCAUACAUUAAGUACAUUUGGAAAUGAUUGUCACCCAUUGGUGAAGAAAGAAAUCUGCAAACACUUUGCAAAUUGUGAGCUUCGUUCCAUGGUCAUUGUUGACAGAAGUAUGAUAGGAUUUGAACAUUCAACAACUAAUUAUCCUGGAAAGAUUCCAUCAGGAUUGGAUCUCCCAAGUGACGUUGUCGAUGAGAAGGCUGAAGAAAGGACCUGAUACAUUUCUGUCUGAACAUUAUGUUUCAUGCUUGUGAUUUAGCAAUGCCAUUGUCAGAAACUCAUAAUUAGGUAUGGCUUAUGUUACUAUAUUAUUUAAAUAUUCUCUUCCUGUGGUGAUUUUGGCAUGUGGACGAGGAAAUUCAACAUCCUACUUGAGAUACAAUGGAUUGUAAGAAAUUUGUUAAGAACCUGUUGUCAGAAUUCCUAUGGUUUGCAAAGACGGGAGGUUACAGGGCCCUCUAAUCUCAACCAUCUUUAUGUUAUACUCUAAAAUUUUGAUAUGGACAUUCUUAUCAGUUCUACCUUUAUCUUUUAUCGGAUAACUAUUCGUUAUCUAGUUUCA